AUGCCUGCAGCAAAGAAAGACAAGAAGGAAGAAACCGAAGAAGAAACAACAACAAGCACCGAGAAAACCACAAAGGGUGUGAAGAAGCAAAAGAAGACCAAGAAACCAACUGAUCCAAACAAGAGAAUUGCUCAAGAAUAUUGCAGCAUUGACGAGAAAAACGUUCUCUCUGGUCCAAGAAGAAGAACCAACGUAAAUUACAAGGAAACUGUUCAAAAGGGUGCUAAGGGCGAGAAGGAAUCCAAGCCAGUACAAAGAGAGAGUGCUAACACCUAUGAAGCAAGACAAAAAAACGUUGCAAAUAUCACAAAGAAGAAGAAGGGAUCAAAGAAGAAGGAUGAAGAGAAGAAGUAA